CUUCUCCUUUCUUUCUUUGAAACUUUGCUUGAUUCUGGCUCUCAUCUUUGCGCAGGCCAUAAGCAUUGAUCAAGUUUAGUUGCGUUCAUACAGUUCAGAACUUCCUUUCUGUCUCUUAAUCCACCAUAGUCUUGACAACAUUCAUCCGCCAACAUGAGCAACUCCGACGAGGCAAAUACCCUCAAACUCAUCACUCCCACCUUUACACCCUCAUCUUCCUCUACUACCGAAUCUGCCGGCGUCACCUCCAUCAUCAAGUCUCUCUCGCUCAUUGAGCACGUCGAAGGCGGCUACUUUGCCGUCACCGAUGUUAGUAACACUUUCGUCCCAUCGCCCUAUCCCGAGACGCCCCUCUCGCAGCGCACCAUUGAUCUCGUCAACGGCCUCCCCGCCGACUAUGACGCUUCCAAGCGGCGACUUUCCACUACAAUCUUCUACUAUUUGACCCCCAACCGGCCCAUGGGCUCGUUUCACCGAAACCGAAGCCGCAUCAUCCACAGCCUUCACCGUGGCCGCGGCCGCUAUGUCCUCAUCCACCCAGAUGGCCGUAUUGAAUCCUUUAUCGUUGGCCACAACGUGGAGCGCGGAGAAAAGCUGCAGUGGGUAGUGGAAGGGGGCGUCUGGAAAGCGAGCUUCCUACUCGCUGAUGGUGAUGGCCAGUCCAAUAGCGAUGGUCUGCUCAUCUCGGAAACUGUCGUGCCUGGCUUUGAGUACGCUGAUCACGAGUUUCUCUCUCAGGAACGUUUGGUCGAAGUUCUCCCCGAUAGCAAAGCCAAGGCUCUUCAGUGGCUGGUUAAACACUAGGUUUGAUCGCACUACUUACUAUAGAUCCACGAUGAUGUGGAGGAAAUCAAAUGCAAGGAAGAAACAUUGAGACCAUUUAUGAAAUCAUCUCUAUUGAAAAAUAAAACGCUCAGAUCCAAGGGACCCCUUAUCGGAGGUUAUAACCAGCCUCUUUCAUCCCUGUCAAGACAAAUUCCAACGCUAUCAUAACUUCAUG